UCACCACAAAGCAGUUCUUCACAACCUGUGAGCCCAGAGCCCUUCCAGUGUUGGACAAUGGAAGAGUUGGAUGCCUUAUUGGAGGAACUGGAACACUCUACACUCCAGGAGAGCGAUGAAUAUUCGAACCUAGUUCCUUUUCCUGUGCAUCAACAUUCCAAACAGGAAAGGGAGCUUGCCAAGGCUUCAGAGACCUUGUCUACUCAGCAUAACACAAGUCCCUUAAAGGAGCAGCUUGUGUAUACUACCAAUACCAAGGAUCCCAGUGUCUACAGUGAGGUCCAAUCACCAAAGGAAUCAGCACCACAUCCUAAAACCUCAGCAGCUGUUCAGCUGGAUGAGCUCAUGGCUCACUUGAGUGACCUGGAGGCCAAGGUGGAAGUGAAAGGAGAUGCCAGCAAGAAGCACUUACCAGACAAGCAAGAUUACAGGGCCUCCUUGGACUCAAUGCUUGGGGGUUUGGAACAAGAAUUGCAGGACCUUGGAAUUGCCACAGUGCCCAAGGGUCACUGUGCUUCCUGUCAGAAACCAAUUGCUGGGAAGGUGAUCCAUGCUCUGGGACAAUCUUGGCAUCCAGAGCACUUUGUCUGCACUCACUGCAAAGAAGAGAUCGGCUCCAGUCCCUUCUUUGAGCGAAGUGGCUUGGCCUAUUGCUCCAAGGACUACCACAACCUUUUCUCUCCACGAUGUGCCUACUGUGCUGCUCCUAUCACAGAGAAAGUGCUGACGGCUAUGAACCAGACAUGGCACCCGGAGCAUUUCUUCUGCUCCCACUGUGGAGAGGUGUUCGGUGCAGAAGGCUUUCACGAGAAGGACAAGAAGCCAUACUGCCGCAAGGAUUUCUUAGCCAUGUUCUCUCCCAAGUGUGGUGGCUGCACCCGCCCAGUGUUGGAAAACUACCUUUCAGCCAUGGACACCGUCUGGCACCCAGAGUGCUUUGUGUGUGCGGUCUGUACACUCAGCUAUUUUUCGGGUUUAGGGAAAAUCAAUGAGAUUUCUUCUCUGAGGGACUGCUUCAGAAGUUUUUCUACUGGUUCCUUCUUUGAACUGGAUGGACGCCCAUUCUGUGAGCUCCAUUACCAUCACCGCCGAGGGACCCUCUGCCAUGGCUGUGGACAGCCCAUCACUGGCCGCUGCAUCAGUGCCAUGGGGCACAAGUUUCACCCUGAGCACUUUGUGUGUGCUUUCUGCCUGACCCAGCUGUCAAAGGGCAUCUUCAGGGAGCAGAAUGACAAGACCUAUUGUCAACUCUGUUUCAAUAAGCUCUUUUCAUUUUAGUCCCCUCUGACCCACAUCUACUUCAUCUAUUAAGAAGGGAAGGAGUAUGUUUGCUGCUCUCAGAUGUCUGCUCAGUAUGCUUAAAGGUGAUGAGCAAAUAGAAAUUUCUAGAUGCUAUAUGAUUAGACUUGUUUUUUUCAUUUUCAAAGUCAUUAUCAUUUUUUAAAACUAGGUACAUGGAUGUAGAUUUAGGUCCCUCUGGUGUGUCUUUCUGUGUGUACUAUUCAUUUUCUUUUUCCAUUUUUACCUCUUCCAAUGGCCCUACUCAGGUCUUCAGCUGUGGCCCCCAGAGUCAUUCACAGUUUUCUCUGUGUCCCCAUAGCUCACUGCCUCCAAGCUUCCUGCAUGUCCCCAUGACUCACUGUCUCCUAACAGCUGCUUUGACUUUGUCCCUGCUGUCAGGAGUCAUGAUGUCACGCUUUGCACUUUGUAUCUCCCUUCAA